UUUUUAUUAUUCGUAACGACGUUUCUCGUUGUCUCAAACUAUUUUCUUGUUAUUCAGUGAACUGGCAAUUCUGCCAAUUCGUACGUGUAUAUCUGGAUCUAUAUAUAACAGUUGCUAUCUGCUCGUGAUAUAGCGUGUCAAAACUAGUAAAUUAAGAUGCAGCGGAAAAGAUGCGUGGAAGCGCAUAUUUUUCACAGACAAAUAGGUCCACAUUAUUCAGAUUCUCCAGUCUGCUACUUGUUACAUCUAAUUUUCCCAUUUUGGAGAUUCAUUGUUGCUUGGUUCUGGAUGACUCAUGCUUUCCUUUUAGCACUUCUAAACGGAUCAUCAAAAGUUGAGGAAGCUGUAGAAUGUUACCAACGUGCUGCAAAUAUGUUCAAGAUGGCAAAGAAUUGGAGUGCGGCAGGAAGUGCAUUUUAUGAAUCAGCAGAGUUACAUGGGAAAGCAGGUAGCCGCCAUGAUGCAGCUAAUAAUUAUGUGGACGCUGCUAAUUGUUUUAAGAAAUCUGAUAUAAAUGAGGCCAUUAGUUGUCUGUUAAAGGCAAUUGAAAUAUACACAGAUAUGGGUAGGUUCACAAUGGCGGCUAAGCAUCAUCAAAGUAUAGCUGAAAUGUACGAAAGCGAAGCUGUAGAUCUUGAGAGAGCAGUUUCUCAUUAUGAACAAGCAGCUGAUUAUUUUCGCGGAGAAGAGAGCAAUUCCUCUGCCAAUAAGUGUCUUUUAAAAGUUGCACAGUACGCUGCACAACUUGAGAAUUAUGAUAAGGCUAUUCAAAUUUAUGAACAGGUUGCUUCUGCAUCUUUGGAAAGUUCUUUAUUGAAGUAUAGUGCAAAGGAGUACUUUUUCCGAGCGGCGCUUUGUCAUUUAUGCGUUGACAUGUUAAAUGCGCAACAUGCGAUCGAACGUUAUCAGGAGCAGUAUCCUGCAUUCCAAGAUUCUAGGGAGUAUAAAUUAAUAAAGACAUUAAUAGAACACCUCGAGGAACAACACCUCGAAGGUUUUACAGAGGCGGUAAAGGAAUAUGAUUCAAUUUCACGAUUGGAUCAGUGGUACACGACAGUAUUAUUACGUAUCAAAAAACAAGUUAACGAUAAUCCAGAUUUGCGCUGAUCGGUUGUCCCUCUUUUGUGCUAUUUUUUCUCGAUGAUAUUAUUAAUCCAAUUCUAUAUGUAUUCUUUUUUAAAUCAUACCCUGCUUUCAGUGAAACUUGUAAAGUAGUUUCGUUUUUAUACCUAAAUAUAUUUUUCAUAACAUUUCCUUAUUCUCUUGGCAACUACUAAAUAUUCAUGGGUUCAGUUAUCGUGUGUGUAUUCAUAGGAUAUUGUCAUUAAAAGUAUAUAAGGAUAUUCUACGAAAACAUUACUAGUUCAUUUAAAUGCCUGUAUACGUGGCAUAAGAAUAAAGUAUAGAAAUAAAUAGUAUUUAAACUUUGUUGAUAUUCAUACUUGCAAAUAUAUAAACAGCUUGCUAAUAAGCCAAGGCUUCUGCAAUUUAAUUUAAACUCGUGCAAUUGCAAUAAAUUAUCCAAAUACACCUAUUCAUUUUCAUAAGUUUAGUAAAUUUAGUAAGUGUGGUGCAGUUUCGAUUGUAUAUUUUUAAGUGUUUUAUGAUACUUACGAUCGGUUAGUUCUUUGAGGCAUAAACAAUAAUAAGAUUCUAUGAUAACAGAACGAAGAAUUGCAGCCUAUAUUUACUUUUAAUUACAACAUGGUUUAGUGUUAUUUUGCAUGUAUGUUUUAUCUGGAAUUGUUGUAGUAAAAAGACAAUGUGUCUUUACACUGCCAGAGUACCAAAAUAUCAAACGAGGUAUAGAUUGUCUUUAAAAAUUUCUCUUUCUUUCCUUAAACUUUAAUUUUUUAGAAAUCUUAUAUUUGAUGUACAUACGUUAUAUUAUUAAUGGAAAGUGAAGAAUAUGAUUAUAUGCAUUUAAGCGCGCAUAUAUAAUAUGUAAAUUUUUUUGUUUUUUUGUUUUAUUAAGAUACACUUGUUUAUAUUCUUGUAUUGUUGAACAUUAAUUUUGUUAAUGUAUAUUUGUAUUUAGAAAUAGAAGAAUAGAGAGUAUAAGUGAUAAAAAAGGAAUUAAAUGAGAGAUUUUAAUUCCGUUUUAUUUCAUGAUUACGUAUCUUACCUUUAUCAUAGCAUUUUAUAUUUAAAAACAGGUUGCAAUUGUUUAAAUACAUUUAUCAAACAAUAUAUAUUCCAUCGUUAAGUAGGGAUAGUUAUUACAAGUUGCAUGCAUGGAAAGUAACAAGACUAGCAUCAUAUAAAUGUACGAAAAGAAACAUAAAUUCAUGCCGUGUUUCAAUUUCCCAAAGAAUUUUAGAAUCGUAAAAAGUUUAUCGAAUAAAAGCUUUACAGAAAUUAUACGUACAUAAGAAAUAACAUCUGGACCAUGUAUUCUUCUAUUUAAUAUAUUCUUUGAGCAUAGUUAUGUGUACAUGUAUUCAGCAAUUGUGAUUUACUGAAUGAGUGAAUAAUUAAUUUCGGAGUAAUUAAUAUACAACUGAUUUUUUUUCUGUAUUGGGUAGUAUAUGUACACUCUACAGGAUUUUCAGCGAUGUAACUGUGGUCUGAAAGUGCAAGUUUCAUUCAGAAGCAUGAUUGAACUAAUAAUAUAUUCUCAAUGAACUGUAGAAAAAAUUGAAUGUUACCUGCGUAUUUUAAAGUUUAUUUUAUUGCCUUGUUUUAAAAUACGUUUCUGUUAGAAAUGUAAAUGAUUUUGUUAUAGAUUUAUUUAUUUUUUUACGUCUGUGAAAAUACGCUCAUAUUGUGUACCUUGAUUCCCGAAAUUGUGAUUAAAAUUUAUAACUGAACUUACUUUGUUAUGUAUGCGAUCAAUGCUAUGUUAAGUUUCAACAGAAUUUGUAGCACCACAUGACAAACUUUUUAAUAGAAACGUUAAAAUGCUUUAAAAGCUACAACCCCAUAACUAAUAAUAAGAAAAAUGCUAUGUUGCGAAAAGGAAAUAUAAGAACCAGAAACACUUUCAUGAAACAUCCUACGCAUUAAACGAUAAAAUUAUGCAUUUUACAGGUUCUAGAAUGGUAGUGAAAUAGACAAUAUAAUAGAGUUAUAUUUCCGUGAGAAAUUUUAUAAAAUUAAGCAUUUUAAGCAUGUGUAAUUUUCUUUUUACAUAAAAACUAUGCAGUAGAAUCGUAGAUAAACAGGUUGUAGCUUUUCCUAUAUUGUAUUGCGCAUAAUUAAAAAAAUAGAUACCUUGUAAAUAAAGAUAACGGGAUACAAGUCCAUAUUUAA